UUCUUUGAACCGACACAAACAAAACAGCUUCGGCUGCACUUUCAAUUAAACGUCGUGACAAUACAGACACAUCACCGUGCUGUUCUCUGUAGGCCGCCGAUUGCCCCCCCCUCCUCCUCAUCGCCAUUUUCAGCCGUCAGACGGCUCGGUGUGAUAAUAAUGGACACCGACUACUCGUCCGGCUUGGAAAACCCUCUGUACAGCGAGCUGAAAUAUUUCUGUAGGAAGAUACAGGAGGCCUACAACGAGCUGAAGGAAGACCUGACGCCUUACCGAGAUGAUCGUUUUUACAGACUGGCCCCCAUGCGUCUCUACACCCUGUCUAAAAGACAUUUUGUCUUGGUCUUCGUGGUUUUCCUGAUCUGCUUCGGCCUCACAGUCUUCAUUGGGAUUGCAGGUCCUAAGAUUAUUGCUGAGCAAGAGCACAUUGGUGAGCAGUCACUGGUAAAAAACUUCUCAGUUAAGACUGGGCCCUUCAAUAUAGUCUCUCCUCCCCUGACCACGUACAACCAGCAGCUUUGGCUCACCUGUGUGAUGCAGGCUGAAAACAGCAACAUGGGAGACUUCCAGCAGCCUUUCGAGAUCAACGUUGAGCUGAAAGGAGUGACUCAGGACGCCAGCGUGAUGCACAUCAACAACAAUGUGCACCAGAAAUCACGAACACUACACUGUGGGACUAAAUGUGACGAGAUCAUCGUGCUCCAUCUGGGCUAUCUGAACUACACACAGUAUAAGGUUUCAGUCAGCUUCAAGGGCCUUGAAAAUAUCACAUAUGACAUCAAGGUCAAGUUUGUGUGGAAAAUGUACAAUCCCACCUUCUCGCAAGUAGAAAUCUGGUUCCGGUUCGUCUUUGUGGUGUUGACCUUCAUGGUGACGUGUAUGUUUGCUCAUUCACUGAGGAAAUUUUCUAUGAGGGACUGGGGCAUAGAGCAAAAAUGGAUGUCUAUCCUGCUCCCGUUGCUGCUACUCUACAAUGAUCCAUUCUUCCCGCUGUCAUUCCUGGUGAACAGCUGGUUUCCAGGAACGUUGGAUGCUUUCUUUCAGGCUCUGUUCCUGUGUGCUCUGCUGCUCUUCUGGCUCUGUGUCUACCAUGGCAUCAGGGUUCAGGGUGAGAGGAAGUGCCUGACGUUCUACCUGCCUAAGCUGAUCAUUGUAGGUCUCCUGUGGCUGUCAGCGGUUACACUGGGCAUUUGGCAAACGGUCAAUGAACUCCAGGAUCCCACCUAUCUGUAUAAAGUGGAUAUAGCAAACUUUGAGGGUAUGAAGGUCUUCUUCCUGAUUGUAGUUGCCCUCUACAUCCUCUACCUGAUUUUCCUGAUUGUCAGAGCUUGUUCUGAACUCAAGAACAUGCCUUACUCAGAUCUCCGGCUGAAGUUCCUGACAGCGCUGACGUUUGUGGUGCUCAUUAUAAGCAUGGUCAUUCUCUACUUGAGGUUUGGUGCCAAGGCUCUUCAAGACAAUUUCGUGGCUGAAUUGUCUACUCAUUACCAAAACUCUGCUGAAUUUUUAUCCUUCUAUGGCCUCCUCAAUUUUUAUUUGUACACAUUAGCAUUUGUGUAUUCCCCCUCCAAAAAUGCCCUUUACGACUCCCAGUUGAAGGAUAAUCCUGCUUUUUCCAUGUUAAAUGACUCAGAUGAUGAAGUGAUAUAUGGGAGUGAUUAUGAAGACAUGCCUUUACAAAAUGGACGUGCUAUCAAAGCGACCACUAAGUACCAGGAUGAGACCGACAGUGACUGAUGGAUCUCUUGACUGCUCCUCCUCCGUGUCCCUGUUGGAAACUAUGAGAAUACAUUAAAACAAACUUAUCAUGUGUACAUAAGGAGUAUUUGGAUUGAUAGUAUCGAAUGAUAUACUGUAAGUGUACAUAAAUAUAUUUUUAAAAAGAUAAGUUCCAUGUCUACUGAAUGUACUGUAAUUUUACUGAAAGUUUAGGCAUGUAGCCACUCAGACUUUUCUCUUGGUUGUCCCCAACAUUGAAAACAAUACUAUUUUUUUUUUUUUUUAAACCAAUUUGUAUAUUUCUUUCCCUCAUAACCAGCAUUUCUUCACUACUUUAGUUAAUAAUGAUCGGGAAAAGUGCUAAUACUAAUUGGGGAUUUUUUUUGUGUGUGUGUGUUAAAUCAAUGUUAUUUUUAUUGUGUUGUUACUGUGUUGUUUUUGCCAUUCCUUUACGCUCUCUGACUGUCUGGAGAUAAUGAGAAUGCAGACUCUAUAUCUGGCCAAAACUGAGUAACAUUAUAUUGAUGGUAGAAAGUAACAGGCUCAUGCUGCAGCAGCCACAACUUCACUUUAAUGUUGCAAUGUGGCUCACCAAUACUGACAUGAUUCCUGAAUGGGGGAGUUUGAGUGCCAUAGCAGUGUUGGCUGUUGACAAAUCCUCUUUGUCCUCAGACAUUUUUUUUUUUUUUUAAAUACAGAGAGAGCCUUAACUGGAGUAGGUAUCACUGAUUUCUUACCACUACUCUUACUAAUUCUUUCCUUGGAAACCAGCUUUGUAAUUGCACUUGUUUAAGAAUUGUAUUUAUUUUGCCGAAAGGUGAUGACAUUUGAUAACUGUAUUAUCUGAUGACUUGGAUGGAUUUUAUGUGAUAUUAUGUUCAUUUACUACUGAUCUGCUGUGUUAAACAUUUCAUAUUGCAGCACACACAGUAGUUAUACCAUUGGCCAAACAUAUUUUGCCUUAUUUAGAACAUUAAGUAAGUUUUUUUCCCCUGUAACUUUCUUCAUAUUGCCUCCAAUCUGAGACUUGCUGCCCUUCCCUGUGUUUUAUAAAACUGGAGCUUAUGGACAAAAACAGCCAAAACAAAUGUGUGUUUGUUCUUUACAAAUAAUAUCUCAACAUGUGUCCUAAUCAAGAUGGUGCCUUGUCUUAACAUCACUUCUUUCUUCUAAAUGGGCUGCAGUCUCAAAGUUGUAAAUGCUUGGACAUAAACUGUACAUUCUUUCAGUGUGAAUGUAGCUUAUGUUGGUUCAUGGUGGUUAAAUGAGAUUGUUGUGAGUCAUGAUAUAUUGGGAGUUCUUGCAAUUUUUGUUGCUUUAUGAGAUAAAAGUUGUACAUGUAGCACUCUGUCACGUCACAUGUAAAUAAAGCAAAAUAUAUACAGCGUA